AAAAAAAAGAGAAAAAAAAUCUAGAGUAGGCCAUCCCCUAAAAAAGAGCGUAUGAUUUCUUCAUCUUCAUCAAGAAAAAAAAAAGAAAACAAAUCUGUCGUAGGCUCGUUCGUCUGCACUGGCGCAGGCAGGGUCUCGUCGGACGACAGGGCCUCAAAAAGGCUCGGAGAGCUACACCGUCGCCGUCGCCCCCGCCUGGGGUAUUCGGCGAUGCAAGAUCCGCCGCCGAGGGGGGAAACCCCAGACAGUGGACCGAUUGCUCCGAUGUGCAAUCCAAAGGGCUCACCCUCCCAGCAAGAUGAUGAUUCUCGAGGUGGUGAAGUGAUGCGAUCAUUGGACGACCUUCCAGAGGAUAUCUGCCGACGUAUUCAUGCCCGAAUGUCACUGCAAAACGCUGCCCGCUUGGCUUGUGCAUCACACACAUUUUGGAGAUCAUGGAGAUGCUAUCCCAACCUUGACUUACGUCAGAGAAUACUAGGUUUGAAUGGAGAUCACAUCAGCAAAAUUGACCAUAUUCUGCAAAAUCACUCCGGCGUUGGCAUGAAGAAACUAAGGAUUGAACUUUUUGACUGCGACAAGGUUGAUUCCUGUUAUAUCAAUAGCUGGCUUCGUAUUGCUGUUACAGCAGGAAUUGAAGAGCUCACUCUUUAUCUGCCCGCUACCGCUGAGGACGAAGCAUACUACAGUUUCCCAUGCUCGCUUUUAUUUAAUGGGAGUGAAAACUCGAUUCGGUAUCUUGACAUAGGCAUCUGUGCCUUUCGUCCCACGGCUGGGCUUGGUCGCUGGAGAAGCUUGGCAAUUUUAUUUCUGAGUAAUGUGUUGAUUGCUGACGAUGAGCUAGAGGGCCUUCUUUACAAUUGUGCUGCAUUGGAGCAUUUGGGACUCCUGAAUUGCCCGGAGAUAGUUUGCCUGAAGAUACCUUGUCUGCUGCGGCGGCUUAGGGUCCUGAGAGUGUCUAUAUGCAGAAAUCUGCAAGUGAUAGACAGCAAUGCUCCAAAUAUCUCCAGUUUUCAGUUCUCUGGUAGCUUAGUAUCGAUUUCAUUCGGAAGUGCAUUGCAAGUAAAGAAUGUACACAUGGAGUGUUUAGAAUUUGGUCAGUCCAACAUUGUCUUGCAUGCUCGGACCAAGCUUCUGUCCUAUGCACCAAAUGUUGAAACACUUGUCAUAUCCUCGCCUAAUGAGAUGAUCAGUACACCAACGCUAUCUCGCAAAUUCCUCCACCUCGAGUACUUGCAUAUUUCUCUAAUUGGAAAUGAAGCUAUUUCACCAGAUUAUGAUUACCUUUCUCUGGUUUCUUUUCUUGAAGCUUCUCCUCGCCUGGAGACUUUCAUCUUGGAAGUACGUCAGCCUUCCAUGGAGCAUGAGUCAGUUAUUCGGAAUGCCUCGCAACUGAGGCGACUACCACAACAGCGCCACACCAGCCUAAAGAGUGUGACAAUAGUGGGCUUCAGCUCCGCAAAGAGCUUGGUCGAGUUGACAUGCCACAUUGUGGAGAACGCGACAUCGCUCGAGCGCCUCACCUUGGACACUAGUCAUGGCUGUCAGAGUUCUGGAGGGUGUAGCGUCAAUAUACCUCAGAGAAGGUACUAUACGGAGAGUGGUGCCCUCGAGGCGGCCUCACCUUACAUGUGCAUCCCAAUGGGGGAGGAUAUCAUCAUGGAGACCGUCAAGGCGCGUUUGGCUAUCAGAGUACAUGUCACGGGGAAAGUUCCCUCCAGCGUGAUGUUAGAAGUGGUGGAGCCUUGCAGUUGGUGCUUCGGUGUUGAAGAUGUAGAUGCCUGAUUAGCAUUUGUUGCGCAUGUUGAACCAUACCAAAUUGUAUUGUCUACGAUGCGUCGUCUUUUCCUAACCAUCAGAAUUGCUUGAUGAUAGUUGUUGGUUUUCAUAGGUCGUACUUUGUUUCUUAAAUUACCAGAAGUUCGUUAAUGUUCAA